CGCCGUCUAGCCGUGGCACCCGUCGGGUGACGUAGGUUGUUGGGUUGUGGAUUGACGUUGUAUGAAGUCCGCAGCAGUGUUAUCGGUGUCAGCUCGUUCGUUCGACUGUGAACUCCGCGACGGAAUCCCGAUAUAAAAAUACAAUUAUUUCACGCGCUUUCUUCUCGUCUUUUCCUUUUGUCUUCUUCUCGUCAGAACAACGUUAAAUGAUACUUCAGAUUUAAAGCCAUCUGGGAAGUGUUGAAGACUUACUAUGAUCCACAUAUAAAAAGCACUGCAUUCCUGACACUUCCUCUGUGUAUCUUCUGGUCCCUGAAGACAACUUGGCGAUAUCCAUAAACAACAUUAUGGAGACUACUAAGAACAAGCGCCGAGACCUCCCCAAGGAACAGGCACUUCUAAAAGUCCCAUUAAAGAGGUUGAUGCGAGACAAAUCUGUACACGGCACACCCAUAAAGAAACGUGUGAUGGCUUCUCUCAAUUUAUCCUGCAAAAAGAUCCCAAAAACCUCUCUUGGCUAUCAGGUCUCAAAGGCAACUAACAAAAUGGAUGCCAAUCCGGAUCUGAGCCCUGGUUUGAAGCACACUCUAGCGCAGUUCUCUUUGAGCAGCCAGUGUUCCCUUGGUGGCCCAGCUGCAUUCACAGGUCAACAUGGUCAGUAUAAGAUGGCGCCCCCUCUGGCUCAGGGAGGUAUGGCAGUGGGACCCUUACUAGUCCCUCCUGACAGCUCAACAGACCUUGGCCUCUGCUGUCUGGAGGGCGAAUACAUCUCCUGCUUCUCUGUGGGAGGCGAACUGCGUCUUUGUUUGCCCCAGCUGCUUAACACCAUCCUGCGGGACUUUUCGUUGCAACAGAUCAACUCUGUGUGCGACCAGUUGUAUUUGUACUGUUCCCGCUGUGAUGCCACACAGUUACACAUCCUUAAAAUGCUGGGUAUCCUUCCUCCAGGGACUCCGUCCUGCGGCCUCAUCACACUGACCGAUUCCCAGCGUCUCUGUAACACACUGCUGCAUCCAGGCGAGGAGCCCUCUCGUGAUUCACACAAAUCACGAAGAGAAAUACAGGAAGAGAAAGACGGUGAGGAAUCUGGAGGAUUUUGGGUGGAACACCAAUGUCUGGGCAAGUGUCAAGGACUGUUUGUACCCCAGCUUUACUCCAGCCCAGAUGUGCACUGUAUCCGUUGUUCCCAAUGUCGGAUGCUCUUCUGCCCAGAGCGCUUUGUCAUGCACUCCCACCGAGAGCCAGACAAACGCACAUGUCACUGGGGCUUCGAUUCAGCCAAGUGGGCCUGCUAUCUGCAGCUGGCACAAAGACACCUGGGAACAGCGGAUGAAGAGAUGCUAAAGAAAUCUCUGGAGGAUAUGAAGAUGAAGUUCCAGGAAGAGAAGAGGCAGCCGCGUGUAGGAGUAUCUUCACCUGCAUUUGUGUUCGACUCACGUUUGCUUUCCAGUCUUAAGGAGGACCCCGGCCAAGUUGACUUGAUGUGGCAAAGCUGGUACCAGUACAUGCCUGACAAGUUGGAAGAUAAUGGCUUGGCACAACACCCUGGGUAUGUGCCUGGAAAGGAAAUGGGGUCUACAGGAACAGAGAUGCUAGGUGAUACUCUGAAUGUAAAGAAUCAGGAAGAACACAACACCGACCCAAAGAUGCCCACCUUUGCAGAGCAAGAAAAACAUGGCCAGUCCGACGAUGCCAGUCCAGAUGAAUGGCAGAAGGUAGAUACAGCAGCUUAUAAGCGGUCGGUUGGUGUGACUGUGGAGCACAGUAAGGAUGGCAUGGUGAUGGAGCUCCUUCAGAUGUAUAGUGCUCAACACAACAAACUUCAGUCAACACUACGCAGACAGAAACAGCUUGAAAAGGAGCUGCAGGCUCUGCGUCAAGGUGAAGCCACAGACCGCUGUGACCUACACGGGGAGCUGGAGGCGGUUCAGACUGAACACGCUCAGAGGCUCGGUGAAGUCCAGCAGGAACAGAGAAAGUUAAAGUCCCGACUCGACCGGCUGAGGCAGCAAGGCUGCAGAUGCAAAGAACUGGGUACUGAGCCGCACCAGGAAACCAUCUAUGCCAAACAGUUAUCAGAACUGCGUGAGAGGCUGGACCACGCUGAGGAAGACCGUGAGGAGCUGCAGGAAGAGCUACGCAGAGAGCGAGAAGCCAGAGAGAGGCUGGAGCGCACCAUCUCUGAGCUCAAACAUCAGAUGAGGCACACCAGCCACCCUGCUUCAGUGGACAGUCCCAUGUCUUCAGUCUCCAGUGACACACACAUGUACCCGACAGCUUAGCGAUGUCUACGGUCACCGCAACCUGAUUUCUGUGAACAAGAUUCAUUUUGGAAUGGUGUGAACAUUUUGGAAUUGGAUUCC